AUGAUUGACUCAUUCUACUACUACUACUUUUUGAUUCAUAUUCCUAUCACCAUCUUGGUCGAUGCAAACAUCGUGUUGCCUAAACAGUACCAAAUUGGCUUCUUUCUCAACUACCAUAUCAAACAAAAUAAAGAUUUUCUAUUAGUCGACAUCCCAACUUGGUUAAAAGCAGCUGGCUGGAUUGAGCUCAUAUUCCAAUUGCCUUUUUUCUUCAUUUCCUUGCACUAUUUUUCAUUUCUUACAACUCGACCUAAAAAAAAACUCAAAAAAAGUGAUAGCAAGAAAAAGCUAGCAAAAUAUUACGUUUAUUGUUUGAUUUAUGCUGUAAUUGCAUCGUCAACCACCUUGUUUUGUAUUUACGAAAUCUAUUCCAAAUCCCCAUCUGAACAAUUCACUUUGCAAGAUAAAUCAAAAUUAAUAUUAUAUUACUUGCCAACUUUCUUAAUUCCAACUUACAUGAUGGUUGAUAUGACAAAGAGAAUUUCCAAG